AUGACGCACAAAUGACAAUCAUCACUCACAGCUGUCAAGGAAAAGUCUAAACAUAAACAGUGCAAAAAUCGAAUCACUUUUGCUCGCAACUGCACGGAAGCGGGGGUAAAAUUCUAUCGCGCAGUUUUCCUUGCGUACGCGUACGAUUGUUCUCGUAGAAAAACGCCAGUUUUGUGCAUUUCCCUUGGGCAUAGGGCACGAGUGAAUAAUAUCCACCAGUACUAUCCACGAUGGAGGUAAAGCAAGAACAGGAAAACAUUUAUCUCUUCGUACCCAACAUCAUCGGUUAUGCACGGAUCGUGUUGGCAAUUGUUUCCUUCUACUAUAUGCCCACCGACUAUGUGAUUGCCAGCUGGUGCUACAUCAUCAGCGUACUGCUCGAUGCACUAGAUGGCCAUGCGGCACGGCAUUUCAACCAAUCCACCAAAUUCGGUGCAAUGCUGGACCAGCUUACCGAUCGGUGCGGUACAUGCGGCCUACUGGUGACGCUCAGCUACUUCUAUCCGAAGUACAUGUUCUGGUUCCAACUAUCGAUGGCAAUUGAUGUAGCAUGCCACUGGUUCUAUUUGCAUACCACGGUCCUUCAGGGCAAGACGUCGCACAAGUUUAUCGACAUGUCCGGUAAUCCGAUUAUGCGUGUCUACUACACCAACCGUACAGUGCUUGGCUUCAUGUGUCUGUUCAACGAGCUGUUCUAUGCAGCACUUUAUCUGUUACACUUUACACCUGGUCCGCUGCUGCUGGGCUUCUCUACGUUUAAACUGCUUGCCAUUGUUUCGUUCCCGGUGGCCAUCGUCAAGACAGGCAUUUCGGUGAUCCACGGAUUUGUGGCAAGUUGCAACAUUGGCGUGAUUGACGUUGCUGAGCGUGCUGCCCAGCGGGAACGUGAAGCAAACAAAAAGCCGCAGUAAAUCGCGGUACAUGACCGUCCCAUACGGCCAAAUCGACGUAAAGAUGGAAAUGUUUUCCCUUUUUCCCGGCCACAGGGAUUUUCCUGUUAAAAAAUGAUGCUCUUAAAGAUGGGUCGGGAAGGGUUUCUUCCCCGCCCAUCCGGUCUCUAGCCGCGGCUGACAUUCAGACGACCGAGACCGGCAGCUUCUAAGCUAUCCGACAAAACCAUUUAUGCCAAAGGACAACAACAGAUGGAAACAAUCUAUUAAUGUGUUUUAAACAAAAGAAAAAAGCGUGUAUUUAAGUGUUGUUAACUAAUGUAGCUGAAAUGUGUACCUUUUUCGCGAACGAAACACAAAAAAGGGACAAACAGUGCGCACCUGAACCUGCAGCUCCAUCGCACUGCGAAGGAGAUUAAAAAAAGAAGUGAGAAUGAGUCGAAUGAGUUUGCGAACUAAGAAAGGAAAGGGAAACGGAACAUAGUCAUGCACAUUCCACUGACGCAUCCACAGAUAUCUAAAUACCGGUAAAAUUCAGAUCGAACAAUUGAUAUUUUGCUAUUCAAGAACGAUAUAUCUACAUACCUUCCUUCAGUGUGUGGUACAACUUUGUAGCUUCAAAGAAGUAUAAUUAAUCACAGUUUUCCCGCACAUGCCCACCAUCCCGUAGGUCAUGUUGUUUGCUUACCUAGUAGUAUUUAAACAAACACCUAGCUACGUGUUGUCCAUAUACUAUCAUCCGAGAGAAAAAGUAGUUGCGUGAACAAACUACCCAUAUAUAUCAAGUAAUCACGUCAAAUUGUUUAGAGUAGAUCGAAACCAUUUCAUCAAUGUGACUUACAACCCUCCCUUGUGUCUACCAAUAAAUAGCCUUUCUCUGUA